CUUUCUCCUCUAAACAUCGCUUGACUGUUAGUAGUAGAGCUUGUUUUCAGCCGCAUCUGAUCACCGUUCCCCCUUCCCCACGUGGUAAUUGAGGGGAAGCGGAAUUGAUGAAGUUUUCGCAACACGCAUCAGGCUUGUCGUCACAUAGGCGGAGCAUAAGCGGACCCUCAGUCUCCAACGAACUAUGAUCGCCAAACAACACCACAGAGGUCUCCACUCUGCGAUACAGAGCAAAUCGACGAUGUGGUGAGGAUCUGGACAAAACUCCCAGCAAAUGGUAGGCCCCUUAUCAGACUGCUUGCAGCCAUGCGUACCCGGCAGGCCCACUGUGAACAGUGGAGGUAUGGAUGUUUUCUUGCUGGGCGUUGAAUCAGAGGUUGUCUAAGCAAAGUCCUUCUGCAAAGAUCCUUUCGAAUCCGCCUGGCUUCAAAAGGACCCUCUUCAAACCCCAUUUUGUACUCCAGCUUUCCCCCGAAAUUUGUCACGAUGUUCGAGCAGGAGAAGUCCAGACAAACCUCGCCUGCACGGGCCGCUUCGAUGCAACCUUCAGCAAAAGACUUACCGGAGACCACUCAACCCAACUCGUUACGUGAGAAGAGCGAUGACGAGAAGUCGAGCAGCGACCGAGAGGGCGUCGAGGACCGCGAGCUCCAAUGCCCUCCCAAGCAUCCUCCUACGGUUCCUGAUGCGGAAGGGCGUCGCGAGCUGAAGGAAUGGGAGUGUUGGGACAAGCUUGCCUACUCAUGGCCCAAGUGGAAGAAGGCCAUGUACCUGAUGUCCAUUGCUGGUAUUCAGAUCUCCAUGAACUUCAACACUUCAGUAUACCCCAGUGCCGUCAAUCCCUUGGUUGAACACUUCGGUAUUAGCGAUCAGCAAGCGCGAGUUGGACAGAUGAUCUACCUAGUAAUGUACUCGUUCGGCUGCGAGCUUUGGGCUCCGUGGUCUGAGGAGUUCGGCAGGUGGCCAAUCUUACAGCUAAGUCUGUUCUUCAUCAAUAUCUGGCAGAUUCCAAAUUCCGUUGCACCCAACUAUGCUACCAUCGUUGUGUGUCGAGCUCUUGGCGGAUUGUCUACGGCUGGAGGCAGUGUAACGCUUGGUCUCAUUGCAGAUCUCUAUGAACCCGAGACUCAACACUGGCCACUGUGCUUUAUUGUGCUGUCUUCCACGAUCGGUACCAGUAUUGGUGGCGUAAUCGGUGGUCCAAUUGAGAAGUAUCUGACAUGGCAAUGGAACUUCUGGAUCCAGCUCAUUUUCGGCGUCGCCGCACAAGCCGUUCACUUCUUCAUGCCCGAGAGCCGAUCGACCAUUCUAAUAGAUCGCGAAGCAAAGCGACGUCGCGAGAGCGGCGAAGACCCCAACAUAUACGGACCAAACGAGCUCAAGAAGCCCCGAGUAUCGCUAAAGGAGGCUGGCAAGAUCUGGCUACGGCCUUUCGAAAUGUUCGUUCGCGAACCCAUCGUCUUAUUCCUGUCUCUCCUAUCAGGCUUCUCUGAUGCUUUGAUCUUUACCUUCUUGGAGGCUUUUGCCAUUACAUACCCAGCUAAUUUUGGCUUCGGUACUCUUCAGGUUGCUUGGGCACUCAUCCCCAUCAACGCGUCCUACUUCUUUACUUACUUCUUGUACUGGCCUAUCUUUUGGCGAGACGAGGCCCAAAAGAAGAAGCACGGUGCUGACCACUAUGCACCUGAGCGACGCCUGAAGCCGCUCCUGUGGCUCGCGCUCUUCGAGCCGAUUGGUCUCAUUGGUUUUGCAUGGACUUGCAUGGGACCUCCACAAACACACUGGAUCGCACCAAUGAUUUUCUCGUUCCUUGUUGGUCUCGCCAACUUCGCCAUCUACUACUCGUCCGUCGACUACAUGAUCGCGGCCUAUGGUCCAUAUUCUGCCUCUGCUACAGGUAAUCCCAAGACCCUGGCCUACGACCUGUGCUCAGCAUUCACUAACCCACUACAGGUGGUAAUGCUUUCGCACGAGACUUUCUCGCCGGUAUAUCUGCCAUGUAUGCCGCACCGUUGUACCACAAUCUCAGUCAAACGCGUCCAUCGGAGCUGGCCACAACAACACUCGCAGGCUUGUCUUGCUUAAUUGUCGUACCUAUCUAUGUCUUCUAUUGGAAGGGACCAGAGAUUAGAAAGGCGAGUAAGUUCGCUUCGAUCCUUGCGGAAGAUA